GAAUUAUGAUCAGAAGUAGGAAGAGAAAGAGAGAUGAAAUAAGGAUAGUUUGUGGUUGUCCAUCAUCCAUCGAAUGAAGAUGGCGCUGCUCAAGGUACACGCACCCACACCCACACCCACAUCUGCCUCUGCUCAACUGCAAUGGCGCUGCAGUGUAAGUGUGGCACCCACCACUCUGGCGUUUCCCAAUUCCUACUCCAUUUCUGCGGAAAGAGGAAGAAGAGAAUGGAAUUGGAGGGUGAAAUGCAGCAGCAGCAGUGCGGAGAUUGAGAAAGGGGCUGCGAGUUUUGGGCCCGGGAGCCCAGUGAGAGCAACCAACAUUCUGGUGGUUGGAGCGACUGGAACCCUGGGAAGGCAGAUUGUGCGACGGGCACUCGACGAAGGCUACGACGUUAGGUGUCUGGUCAGGCCCAGGCCCGCUCCUGCCGACUUCCUUCGCGAUUGGGGAGCAACAGUUGUGAAUGCUGACCUCAGUAAACCAGAAACCAUUCCUGCUACCUUGGUCGGCAUACACACUGUCAUUGACUGCGCCACUGGCCGUCCCGAGGAGCCCAUCAAAACCGUUGACUGGGAAGGCAAAGUGGCUCUUAUACAAUGUGCCAAGGCAAUGGGAAUUCAGAAAUAUGUCUUCUACUCCAUCCAUAACUGUGACAAACAUCCCGAGGUUCCCCUCAUGGAGAUCAAGUUUUGCACUGAGAAGUUCCUCCGAGACUCUGGCCUCAAUCACGUCAUUAUCCGCUUAUGCGGUUUCAUGCAGGGCCUUAUCGGUCAGUAUGCAGUUCCCAUCCUAGAAGAAAAAUCUGUUUGGGGUACUGAUGCCCCCACCCGAAUUGCUUACAUGGAUACUCAGGAUAUAGCUCGCUUGACAUUUAUAGCCAUACGAAAUGAUAAAUUAAAUGGUAAACUUCUUACAUUUGCCGGUCCUCGUGCCUGGACAACCCAAGAGGUGAUAACCUUGUGCGAGAGGCUAGCAGGCCAAGAUGCUAAUGUCACUACAGUUCCAGUCUCCAUUUUAAGACUCACUCGCCAGUUGACUCGCUUUUUUGAGUGGACAAAUGAUGUUGCUGACAGACUCGCAUUUUCAGAGGUCCUUACCAGCGAUACUGUAUUUUCUGUUCCGAUGGCGGAGACAUACAGUCUUCUUGGGGUUGAUUCAAAAGACAUAGUUACACUCGAGAAGUAUUUGCAGGACUACUUCACUAACAUAUUAAAGAAAUUGAAGGAUCUCAAGGCCCAGUCAAAGCAGACAGAUAUUAUCUUCUGAAAGAUGUUUUGAAAUUAAAAACUUGUUAACGGAUGUAGAUAUCUAGAAAUCUCAUUAAGAUGCUCCCACGAUGUAUAUUGUUUUCUUUUAUAUAUAUAUAUAUAUAUAUAUAUAUAUAUAUAUAUAUAUAAUUUAUUUUCGGGUAUAGUUGAUGUGCCUAAGAAUGAUGAGGCUGUACCAACAAAUUUAAACAUAUUAUUUAUUUACUUGAGUGGGAGAAAAGUCUCCGAUUUGUGCAUCUGGGACAUAAGAGUAUUCUAUGAUAUUUUCAAUUUUUAAUGAA